AUUAAAGAUUGUUUUAGAAAAAAAAUAUAAAAAGAAAAAAAAAAUCAACUUCUUGCUAGUAGCGUCACAAAGUGACGUGCGAACCCAAAAGGGUUGAGUUGAAAAAAAAAAAAUAACAAAAAAAUAAACCUUUCUCUUCCAACCUUGAGAACACAACUUUUUUUCUCAUCUUGAAUAAAAAAGCUGCUUGUUUUUUGAAGCCCAUUUUCCUUGAAAUUAAUCCAACCGAAAUAAGUUUCAUGAAUGGCGUUUGAUCAACCUAAUCAAGCACCUCAUCGCCCUCCACAGGCACCACCACCACAACAACAGCAACAGCAACAACAGCAACAGCAACAGCAACAACAGCAGCAACAGCCAUCGGAAGAUUGGGAAUAUAACAGAUACAACCCCGGACCUUACCCACCAUCUUCUUAUCCUCCUCCUUCGCCUCAAAACCGUGAAAAUUACACUUACCCUACCUCUUCUAAUUCAACUUCUUGGGAACAGAACCAUUAUCCUCCCACUUAUCAACAACAAGCAUAUGAUCCAAUUCGUAGCAGCCUAGGACCAGAAUCGCUUUCUCCACCCCAACAGGCAGUGAUUUCACCUGUUAUGUCUAUAUCUCAGCUGCUUUCAUCGGAUAAUCCACCUAAACCUGUUUAUUCACCCACAUUUCAACCAUUUGAGCCUACACGUCAGCAUGGUAUUCAAAACUUGUUAAACAGCGAUAACGAAGAAAAGUACCAGAUGGCUGAUUCUGAUACAGAUACUGAAGAUAUCCCAUUAAUCCGAUCUCCCAAAGUGAUGCAACAUCAUCAACACCAAGAAGUCAUUAUUGACCACCGUGAUCCUAUCAUUGUUACUGCAAAGAGUCGUAAAAUCCGCAGUGACGAGAGUGACGAUUCUUCCAUGGAUGAAAGCGACAUUGAAUUACGACCCAAAUCAGGGAAAUCACUUGCUCAGCGUACUCGUGAAGAAUUAGUAUUUUCAGAGGGAGAAGAAGAAGAUGACGAAGUACUUUUAGCCCAUCGAGAAGAAAUGGUUCAGUUCAUGAUUGAUGUGCACCGCCGAAGAAAGCGAGUCAUUGAAGAAUACGAAAAAAAGGAAGCUAGCCGUCAUUUAAAGAUGAAGGAACGCAUUGAGCAAAUUUAUGAAAAGAGAUAUGGAACACGUAUGCCAAAGAGCGAUGUAUUUAAACGAAAAUCCAAGAAACCACAAAUAAAGCGAUUCAAAUAUCAUCACGACGAAUCUAGUGAUGAGCUUUUAAUUGACGAGGAACGCAGACCUACUGAACGCAGGAUAGAAGACGACCGUCGAAAGAUUUGGUUGACGAUCGCAAGAAAGGAUAUUCCUCGCAUGAAUCGUAUUUUGUCCCGCGUACAAGCAACUCGUUCUGGCAAUUGUAAAAAAGUCGCCCAGUAUUGUCAAAAGGAAGUACGCCGUGUCGUUACAAACGGAGGCCGUGCUAAUCGUGAUAUGCAAAACAAGGCAAAACGCGCCAGUAAAGAAAUGCUCUUGUUCUGGAAAAAGAAUGAAAAGGAAGAAAGAGAGUUACGCAAGAAAGCGGAGAAGGAAGCUCUCGACAAGUUGAAACAAGAAGAAGAACGUAGAGAAGCCCAACGCCAAGCUCGUAAAUUAAAUUUCUUGAUCACCCAAACUGAGCUUUACAGUCAUUUCAUCGGUAGAAAAAUUAAACAAGACACGGGUGAGGAUGACGAUACUGCUCAGCCAGCUCCAUCUGGAUUAUCUACACCUUUAGAUGCAGUACCUGCAUCCGAUGAAUUAGAUGCUGGUGCAGGAAUAACUCAUAUAGGCGAAGUUGAUUUUGAUGAGGAAGACGAAUCUGUUUUAAAGGAACAAGCCAGAUUAAGUGCCCAAAAUGCUCUUGCCAAACAGCGUGAACAGACAAGAGAAUUUGACGAAGGUGCUCGUGAAAGACGUCUUGCUGCCGGUGAAGAUGAAUCUAGUAUUAAUCAAAUGGCCUUUGAUGAUAUGAAUUUCCAAGAACCAUCAAGUAUGGGUUCUGGUCCUGAGGUGUUGCAACCCAAUAUGCUCAUGUGCCAACUUAAAAGUUAUCAGCUUAAGGGUUUGAAUUGGCUUGCAAAUUUAUACGAACAAGGCAUCAAUGGUAUUCUGGCUGAUGAAAUGGGUCUCGGAAAAACUGUUCAAUCUAUUUCGCUAUUGGCAUACCUUGCUGAGGUUCACAAUAUCUGGGGUCCUUUCCUUGUCAUUGCGCCUGCAUCUACUCUUCAUAAUUGGCAGCAAGAAUUCGCCAAAUUCGUUCCCCAAUUCAGAGCACUCCCUUAUUGGGGUAAUCCCAAAGAUCGUAAGGUAUUACGUCAGUUCUGGAAUCGAAAGCAAUUAUAUGGUCGAGACGCACCCUUCCACAUUGUUAUUACCAGUUACCAGCUUGUAUUGACGGAUGUGACCUACUUUCAACGAGUGAAAUGGCAAUAUAUGAUUCUUGAUGAAGCGCAAGCGAUCAAGAGUUCGUCCAGUGCCCGUUGGAAGCAGUUACUUGGAUUCCAUUGUCGUAAUCGAUUACUUUUGACAGGUACACCUAUCCAAAAUAGUAUGCAAGAAUUAUGGGCUUUACUUCAUUUUAUUAUGCCAACGUUGUUCGAUUCACACGAGGAAUUCAGUGAGUGGUUUUCAAAGGAUAUUGAAAGUCAUGCAGAGAAUCGAGGAUCAUUAAAUCAGCAUCAAUUGAGGCGUUUACACAUGAUUUUAAAACCAUUCAUGUUGCGUCGUAUCAAGAGAAAUGUGCAGCAUGAAUUAGGCGAAAAGAUUGAGGUGGAAGUGUUCUGUGAAUUGACAGCUAGACAAAAGGCCUUGUAUCGUGGGUUAAAGGAAAAAAUUUCGAUUUCUGAAUUGUUGGAGAAGGCUACUUCAUUGGGUGACUUAGAGAAUUUAGAUAGUUUGAUGAAUUUAGUCAUGCAGUUCAGAAAGGUUUGUAACCAUCCUGAAUUAUUUGAACGUGCUGAUGUAAGAUCGCCCAUGUCAUUUUGUAAUUACAGUGAAACAGGUUCGCUUUCAAAAGAAACUUCCUUGUAUUGUCCUUAUUCUGCUACAAGUCACAUCACCUAUCGUAUCCCCAAAAAAUUAUAUCGUAAUGGUGGUAUUCUCAAGGUCGUUAGUCCCGAUACAAAUGCAGGAUUUGAAACAAAAUAUCUAGACAAUAUGAUGAAUAUAUGGAACAACAAAUAUAUUCAUGAUUCCGAAUUCUCGAACGAUAAAGAUUCCGCAUUUUCAUUCUUGAGAUUCACAGAUAUGGCACCACAAGAAGCAAGUUAUCUGUCGAAAGCAUCCCUGAUGGAAAGAUGGGUAGAUCAUUUGGCUAAACGUGAUCAACGUACAAUAAGAAGUUUUUACCAUGACGAACCUCAAGCGGCUGUCAACACAUCUGCAUUAUUUCUGAUCACAGAAACAAAUUCCCCUACAAAUCCACUCAACAUUACACCCGAUUCAGCCUUAUAUGAAUUGACUCAUAUAUCAGACAAGUUCAUUCACGAUACACAUGUCUAUGGCCAAUGUUAUUUCCCUGCAGUUACUGCUGUACCCGUGGAUAUGGUCUGCGACGAUAUUUCGUUUAUUCGCGAGAAACAAGAUGCAUUGUUCAAUAUCAAUACUAGAUCUUGCUUCUAUGGCACGCCCGAAUAUAAUACAGAUAUUCAAGAAGCAUCCAACCUAUCUGUUGUUGUACGAAAGACUGAUGCGGGAGUCAUGACGGUCCCAUCAUCUGGUUAUGGAUUCUCCUUAAUGAAGGUGCCAUCUAUGAAGGAUCUUAUUUUGGACUCUGGCAAGUUAGCCACGAUGGACAAAUUAUUAGAACGACUCAAGGCAGAAGAUCACCGUUGUUUAAUUUACUUCCAAAUGACCAAGAUGAUUGAUUUGUUCGAAGAAUAUAUUGCAUAUAAACAAUACCGCUAUCUUCGAUUAGACGGUUCAUCCAAAAUUUCCGAUCGUCGAGACAUGGUACAAGAUUGGCAAACACGACCCGAGAUAUUCAUCUUUUUGCUUUCGACACGUGCGGGUGGUUUAGGUAUUAAUUUGACUGCUGCUGAUACGGUCAUCUUUUAUGAUAGUGAUUGGAAUCCAACCGUAGAUCAACAAGCAAUGGAUCGAGCACAUCGUCUAGGUCAAACCAAACAAGUGACAGUGUAUCGAUUGAUUACAAAGAAUACCAUUGAAGAAAGAAUUCUUCAGAGAGCAAAACAAAAGGAUGAGAUUCAAAAGGUGGUCAUUUCAGGCGGCGAGUUUAAAUCAGUUGACUUUAAACCUAGAGAGAUUGUGUCACUUCUUUUGGACGAUGAAGAACUUGACGAUAAAUUACAGAUGCAAUUGAAACGUAAGGCUGAGGAAGAAGAACAGAAGAAGGCAGCAAGGCCAGUGAAACGAUCUAGAAAACAAGCGUUAGCUGCAGAGGGAUCUAAAGAAUCUACACCGGCGCUUAGUCCAUCGAACGUAGAUCGCCUUUUCAGUGCGGGAGAAGAUACAUUUAAUAAUACAACGGAGGAAGAUACAAGCGGAACUUCAUCACCAGCCAAGAAACAAAAGCCGACACGAAUUGGUCGACCGAGAACAAACUUUUCAUUUACUGGUUAAAAAUAAUAAUAAAGAUAGUUUUUUUUUUUUUACAAUAAGAUCAAGUGAUAUUCUUAAUAGAAAAGGCACGGAGGUGAUGACAGAUAUUGAGAAAACAAACAAAAGAGUAUUAUGACCACUUUGUGGUAAAAAUGUAUAUUUUAUUUUAAAACCCAUCCUGCAACCGGGAUG